UUAAUCUAGUACAAAAUGAACAAAAAUACUCCACCACCACCAUACGAACCUCCACCAUACGCACCUCCAUCUUAUAGUCAAACUGUAGGAGGUGUUCCACCUGCUAGUCCAUUUACAUCUGCUGAUAUCUAUGCACAAGGACCAACUAUUGUAACUACUAUUGUUCCUAUGGGACCGGGACCAACUCAUACAAUUUGUCCACAUUGUCAAGCUGAAAUCGAAUCUACAACGAAAACAGAACCUGGCAUGAUUGCUUAUAUUUCUGGAGUUGUAAUAGCUUUACUUGGUUGUUGGUUUGGUUGCUGUUUAAUUCCUUGCUGUAUUGACGAAUGUAUGGACGUACAUCAUACCUGUCCAAAUUGCAAAGCUUAUCUCGGACGUUAUCGAAGAUGAAUCAAAGAUUAUCAAAAACAAAGACUUGAAAUUUUUACUUGGAAUUUCAAUGUAUAAUAUUAUUUAUAUCUAAUACGAAAUCCCAUUAAUUUUAUCUUCUUAUCUUACGUGUAUAUGAGUGUGUAGAAUCUUCAGGAUCUGAAAGAUAAAAUGUAAAUAAUAUUAAGUUUUUUCCAAGCUACAGCAAAAUGUUUAACAAUUACAAAUGAAAUGUUUUCUUCUCUAUUAAUUCUAUUUAUUAUCGGUUAAAAGUAUCUCAUAUGGAAUUAUAUAAAAGAAAACAUUGCAUAUUUAUAUAAAAGAAUACAGUUAAAAUCUAUUUUGAUGAAGUUUAUUAAAGUAUAUUAUUUUUUUUAUAAGCUAUUUGUUUAUCAUUAUGAGCACUUAUAUUUAAUGCUCACUUAAUAAAGUAAAAUAUAGGCUGCUUCAAAUAAGGCAUUUGUUGAAAUAAGUGCUCUAUUUCAACAAAUUUAGCCUUUAAUUUUUUAUAAUAUUUAAACUUUGUCAUAUUGAAUCGAAUUUUAAUACUAAUAUAUUAGUAUUAAAGAAACUUGUAUAAUAACAAAUAUAUGUAUUGUAACGUUAUUUUUAAUAUACACGGUAUAUAAGAUGAAAGCUUUAUGCACAAUUAUUUUUUUCAUAAAAAAUAAAUUUAAGAGUUAUAUAUAUAUAUAUAUAUAUAUAUAUAUAUAUAUAUAUAUGAUUAAAUAUUAUAUAUAUUCAAAGAAUCUUAACAUUUCUUAAAAUUUACACUAUUUGAAUUUUUUUUCUUCAAUGAAAAUAAAGUUUGAAAUUAGGUAGUAAUACAAUGAAUAAUAGAAAUACAAUUUAACAAAAACAAAUAUUUUUGUACACAGUAGGAAUAAGGACAUACUUUAUUUAUAAUUUGCAGUACAAAGACCCUGCAGGGGGUAACAGAGAUUUUGAUAAUUAUUAUAAACAUUGAAGCAGAAGAUUAAUGUACACAGACAUGGACUGAUGCCUAAAGCAUUAAAUAUAUAGAACUCUAAUAAACAGAGUAUACUAAAAAUGAAACUUAUUUUAAUACUUAUCAAUGUCAACUAAUAAUCAUACUGUUGUAUUUUUCUUGUACCUCUUCCUCCUGAAUCUUCUAACUGUACUUUGACAUAAAUUAUUUUUUUAACAUA